AUUUUAUUUACUAGUUCCACUACAUAACUUACUUUCUCUAUCUGAACAAAGCUGGCAUCCUUCAAAAUGAAUGUACCUGUGGAGAAGAUACUCCAGGACUACGUCUAUCAACGCGAGCUCAUUGAAAAGGUUGCUCAGCGCAAAUCACCAGCCUCCCUUACAAUCUGUGCCCCUAACCCAGACUGGGCAAAUAUAUAUAAAGAGCUCGAAAUGCAAAUCCAAUAUGCUUUAGGGCCUGUCUGUCAAUAUAUUGCCCACGUGGGCUCUACCAGUGUUCCCGGACUACCAGCAAAGAACAUUAUUGAUAUUGACGUGACAGUGACAGACGCCGCAGAUGAAUCUACAUAUGUUCCUGCUCUUGAGGCUAUAGGGUUCCAGUUUUUCAGUCGCGAACCACAUUACUACGAGCACCGGCUUUUUUUAUCUUACAGCCCACACGCCAAUCUACAUGUGUACUGCACCGAGAGUGCAGAAGUGAUUCGCCAUCGCAUUUUUCGAGACAGACUCCGGAAAUCUCUGUCAGAUAGAGAUCUAUAUGCCAUGGCGAAAAUCAGGGCUUCGGAGGCAACUAUUAUGGCUGGUGGCAAAAUGUCAGAGUAUACAGAGAGAAAGGGUUGUGUUAUACGCGAGAUUCUUCAUCGUGGAUUUGAGGAUGUUGGACUUGUUGUCAAAUCAUGACAUCUACGUCAUUAUACUUUAAUAUUUCUUCACAUUUG